GUUGCAGUCUUCGGGCGUGCAGGUUGUGCAUCCGGUUGUGCUCGACACCUUGUACGCGAGUCCUCUGAGCGAGAGCACCUCACAGCAUCAUCACCCUAGUAGCUCAGUGCCGGGAGUGAGCGACAAACGAAAGUGAAAGAAAAGCUUAGGUUUUGGGAAAGAAAAUAUUAGACCAGUGCGCAAACAACAGCGAAGAAUGCGGAUCCGGUGACAGAGUGGUUCGGUGCGCGUAUCAAAGUGUAACAGUGCGGGAAUGGUUGAGGAGAUCGUCACUCGUUCGAGGCGAAAUUGAUUACAACACUCGUUAAGCGGCAACAGUGGUGGGCGGUGUGAUAGUAUUUCGGAGCUGAUUUCUGUCCACCGUUUUUUUUUCCGGUCCAUGAUCGGCCAGUGUUUACUCUCGCAGCACAUCGCGCCGUGUGCGUGUUGUGUAAUAUAACAAUCUCUUUCCAAUUCCACGCUCACCGCCGUCAGCGAAUCGUAACGCACCAGAGGAAAAGUGUUCACAAGAAGAAGUGUUCUUCUUCGCAAAGAAAGUGUGUGAGUGUGUGUGACAGAGUGUUUGAAAAGAGUUUGAUCGAAUCCACAUCCAGCGAACAAAGUACCAAAUGAAAAUGAAGCGAGAAAGGAUCUGGAGAAGCACACUGCUUCUGUUGGCGCUGUUCGGCGCUCAGCUUCGGCAGACCGCUGGGCAGGACGUGAACGUAUCCUCACCCGCGGAAGCAACGGAUGAGAGCAUCAACUUCUCGUUCGAUCGGUUAAUUCUGCUCGAGGAAAAGCUUACCGUGUUCGACAUCAAACGCAUCGCUAGCGGUUGGAGUACGCUAAGGCCUCGCCUUAGUGGACAGUGUGGUGAUCAGAUGACGCAGUAUCUUCAGGGUUUGCAGCAGGAGAAGCUGUGGGCACUAAAGAUGGAUGACUCAUCGGGCAAAUACACGAAAGGAUUCUUCUGGGGCAACAACUACUGGACCGGUUCGAUGGAUCAGUGCUCGUACAUCCACCAGAACGACUCCGAUGCCGAUCCAGCACCGAAGAAGAAGGGCCGCAACACGGACAUCACCUACAUCAAUGGGAACUUCCUUGGGUCGUCCGAAAUGGAGCACCAGAAUCCACCGUUCAUGCCCGGCUUUUACAUGGCAAAAAUUCUCAUCAACGGUACCGAAUCAUUCAAUGCGAUUCGCACAGUCGUUGUGGGACUUUGUCUCCCGAGCGCGUGUAGCAUUGCCGACGUAGAAACACUGCUGAAGCUGGACAUUAGUCGACGGCAUGUGGAGCAGGAGCUGGUUAGCGUCCGGUCGCCCACACUGAACAAUUUCUCGCUCUGGGAUGACUUCACCUUCCGGAUCUUGUUCAUCUUCUCGGUGAUCGUAGUCAUCCUGCUGAUCAGCGGCACCGGGUACGAUCUGGUGUUGCGCCGUCGGUACAAAGCCAAGAUGCGCAUCAAGAGCUACUGCAAGGAGCUGACCGGGGACAUGACGAACGGGUUGGGCUGCACCACGUACGAUCUGACGCGUCGCGAGCCGGAAGAGAACGGCAAAGGUAACUGCACCGUUAUCCGGGUACCGACCAGCGUUAACAAUAACAACUCCGACGAGAACCUCGCCGUGGAGCUGACCGCAACGGAGGAAACCAAGUUGAGUUUGUGGGCCGAGCUGCUGCUGUCGUUCUCGGUGGUGACCAACUUUAAGGCGAUUUGUGACAAGAAUGUCGGAAACGAUACCAUCCCUUCGAUCCACGGACUGCGGGCCAUUUCCAUGGCGUGGGUCAUUCUGGGCCACACAAUGAUCGUCGUGUUCAAAUACUCCGACAACAUGGAGCUUCGGAAGGUGGUGGAGAAGGAGUUCCUGUUCCAGAUCGUGCUGAACGGCGCCUACAGUGUGGACACGUUCUUCUUCAUCAGUGGAUUCUUGGUUUCGUUCAUCUACUUCCGCACGAAUGCGAAGGGAAAGCUGGAGAAGCUCACCAAGGGCGUGAGUGAGUUUACGGCCGGAACGUUCCACUUCUUCGGUCUUGUCGGCUAUCGAUUUGUGAGACUAACUGCCCCAUACCUGUACGUGCUCGGAGUGGUGGAAGUUGUGAUGCGCUAUCUGGAGCAGAACUCCGUCUUUGAACCACCGACUCAGGAUCACGUCAACUGUCCAAAGUACUGGUGGCGUAACAUCCUCUACAUCAACACACUCUUCCCGGUGGAGCAGAUGUGUAUGCUGUGGAGUUGGUAUCUGGCUGAUGACACCCAGUUCUACAUCAUCGGUGCGCUGAUUCUGAUCAUCGCCGUGCGACACUUCAAGUUUGCCGCUACCAUGAUGUCCGUGUUUAUGGUGUCGGCUUGGGCAACUACGGCCUACAUUGCCUUCUCCAACAAUCACAUGCCCGAUGCGGACGAUCCGUUCGCGCUGUUUGACAAGAUCUACGACAAGCCGUGGACGCGCCUGGGACCGUAUCUGGUGGGCAUGAGCGUUGGGUGGAUUCUGUUCAAGACGAACUGCAAAAUCAAGAUGUCUUUGCUCACAGUAAUCUCCGGAUGGGUAACGUCCACGAUGAUGAUGUUGUAUCUGCUGUUCGGUCUGUACAACACGACGCUCACACAAACGGCUGCAGCAGCGUACAGUUCGCUCAGCCACACCGGUUGGGCCAUCGGAUGUGGCUGGGUCAUCGUAGCCUGCUCGUCUGGCUAUGGUGGAUGGGUCAACAAACUGUUGUCCACCCCGAUCCUGUAUCCAUUCUCCCGCGUGACAUACUGCGCCUAUCUGGUACAUCCCAUCAUCAACCGAAUAUUCGCCCUAGAGUCCGACUCGCCCAUCCACAUGACUCCCAAUGCGCUGACCACCGUCUACCUGGGGCAAGUGGUGUCAUCCUACGUGCUUGCAUUUAUCAUCUCGCUCUCGUUCGAAGCGCCCGUCGUGACGAUGCUUAAAAUACUCUCGCCGAACCGGAAGAAACGUAUCUAAACUGCUCGCAACGCGACGCAAUCACCAAACAACCAAACGAAGCCCUCAACGUUGGCACGCGUCCUAGAACUAAUGCUUGCGGUCCUUCCUCGUUUUUAGCCGAAAUUGUCCGCAAAACAGGAAACCCGAAAAACGCUUAUCGGUGUAUCUUUUCGCUUAUACUGUGUGAGCAUUUUUGUGUGUGUUUGAGUUACGAGUUCCACGACUAGAAGGAGGGACACAACCACCGCCGCGUGUGUGUGAUGCUACGUGCUCGACUGUUUUUGGUUAGAGAGACAGUACGUUUACCUAUACAUUACUAGCAAGGGUGAUUUAUGUUUUAUGCGUGCCCGUGGCCGGCACGCUUCACAGUAGUACUAGGAAGGUUAAGUUUAAUAUAGAAUACCGUACGGAGAAGAAGACGAAGGAAAAAAAAAAACUGUGCUCAGUAAGUGUUUUGUUACAGUAACUUAGACUGAUCGUGAUCGAUAGCGAUGUGUAUAAUGUAAAUAUAAUUUGGGUGUGAAAAACAUAUUUAACAAAAAAA